AUGACAGCAGAUAUGGAGAGUCAGAAUGACAUCGAUGACAGCGGUCUUCCAGGCCCAGGCGCUCCCACUCCGCUCUCAUCUUUGGAGGGAAUGGCUGGCUUGACAUCCAGAGAUAUCAAACUGUUUGUAGAUGCGGGUUAUCAUACUGUUGAAUCGAUUGCAUAUACGCCGAAACGUUUACUCGAACAAAUCAAGGGUAUUUCAGAGCAGAAAGCCACAAAGAUUCUCGUCGAGGCGGCAAAAUUGGUCCCGAUGGGCUUUACGACGGCCACCGAAAUGCACGCGCGACGAAGCGAACUCAUCUCAAUUACAACGGGGUCUAAGCAGCUUGAUACUCUGCUCGGGGGUGGCAUUGAGACGGGCUCAAUUACGGAGAUAUUCGGAGAGUUCAGAACAGGAAAAAGUCAGAUCUGCCAUACACUCGCGGUUACAUGCCAAUUACCUUUUGACAUGGGCGGUGGAGAAGGGAAGUGCCUAUACAUCGAUACAGAAGGGACAUUUCGACCAGUGCGCCUACUAGCCGUUGCCCAGCGGUACGGCCUUGUCGGCGAGGAGGUUCUGGAUAACGUGGCGUAUGCGCGAGCGUAUAACUCGGACCACCAGCUUCAGCUGCUUAACCAGGCGUCUCAGAUGAUGUGUGAGACCCGUUUCUCUCUCUUGGUCGUCGACUCGGCUACCUCACUGUACCGGACGGACUUCAACGGUCGCGGCGAGCUGUCGACCCGUCAGACGCACCUUGCCAAGUUCAUGCGUACCCUGCAGCGCCUGGCUGAUGAGUUUGGGAUUGCGGUCGUCAUCACGAAUCAGGUUGUUGCGCAGGUUGACGGUGGACCAAGUGCGAUGUUCAACCCUGAUCCUAAGAAGCCUAUCGGUGGAAAUAUCAUUGCCCACGCUAGCACGACAAGACUGAGUCUGAAGAAGGGCAGGGGUGAGACGCGAGUGUGCAAGAUAUAUGACAGCCCUUGUCUUCCGGAAAGUGAUUGUCUCUUCGCCAUCAAUGAGGAUGGUAUCGGGGACCCAAGCCCAAAGGACUUGGAGAAUGACUGA